UUUUUUGUUUAAUGUUCUCCAGUGACAUUUAGCGUCCUGUGAUAAAAUUAAAGGGUUCCAGUGCUCCUACUACGUGGGGAUCCGAGUGUUUGGAUUGGUGAAGGACAGGCCUGGGGCAAUGUCUAAUGACAAUGUAAUGACAGCCAAUUUCAGUGUAAUGCGGGUGUACUGUGCAAUGGGCCAUUUUUGCAUUAUAAGUAAUGGUAAUGUAAUGCAUUGCUUUUAGAAAACAUACUGAAAUGCACAUUACAUUCCAUUACUUCAAAUAUCUGAUGAUAUUCUGGAGGUUUAGAUUAAUUCAUUAUAUUAGUGAUUGACUUUUAGACCUUUAAUGAACACCUGAGGUAUAACACUUUCAAUGCGUGUCCAAACAUUGGUGAAUAUUUUGUGUGCUUAUGUUUACUAUAUAUUUAAAAUUCAUAAAUCAUUAUAAAGAAAUGAUUUCUCUGUCAUUUCUUUAAUAUUAAUAUAUUAUGUAAUGUGUAAUGUAUUGCACUCUCAAAUUACAUUUCAAAAUAGGGGUAAUAGUAAUGUCAUAUUUUCUAAGUAAUGGUUAUGUAAUGUAUUACAUUGCUAUGUAAUUGACCCCAGGCCUGGAGAAGGAACAACUAAAGCUUAUGUUUACGUCUUACAUAUAUGUUUAAUAUAGCCCUGGUACGAGCAGGGCUCGAACUCACAACCUCCUGGUCACGAAGAGAACGCUUCACCACUGAGCUACCACGACCUGAGGAUGUUAUAUCAUUAAGAGUCCCGUUUAAUAUAUAUUCUUUACUGUGAUGUAGAAUAAAAAAACCUUUCUACUAUACAGCAUGAAAAUAGCUUAUAGGCUGGUUGGUUGUAUAUUGUAAAAGUCCCGCUCGAGAAUUUUUCUCUUAUAUGGUCGCCAUCGUCGCUAAAGGGUUGCAUGCUCGGCGCUUACGGUCUUUGAACAGGGAGGAUCCUUUAUCGUGCCACAUCUGCUGUGACACGAGGUCUCGGUUUUUUUGCGAUCUCAUCCGAAGGACCGUCCCAUUUAGUCGCCUCUUACGACAAGUAAGGGGUAAUGAAGACCUUUUGUACCUCGGAUCUCCAUGGGAAAACAAUUAGUAUGAAAGAAAUGUCAAGGUCAGGAAUAUAUGGUAUAAUAUGUUUUUUCCCUUCUCAAUCUAUUUUUAAAUACUUUUUCCAUACUUUGACUUGCGUAUAUAUUUAUCUACAUGUACAUGACCUUGAUGUUGGGAGAGGGCUAAAAUAGGCUAUGCCUGCUGCCCAAUCCCUUUCACUUUUGGUGAAUAAAAUACUAUAAAUAUUUAUUCGGUAUAUACAUACAUACAAACAUACAUGCACAAAUACCAAGGAUAACCCAUGAAAGCUCAAAAGUUUAUUUCCAAUAGGGUCCUUUGAUACAAGGGGUCAUUUAUGUGGGAGGAAACCGGAGAACCCGGGGGAUAUCACGAGGAUUAAACUCGGGUCGCAGCGGUGAGAAGUGAGAGCGCUACCUCUGCGCUACCCGGACUACCCAGACAGCGUUUUAUCCAAUUAUAGACACCAAAUGUUCUUGUUUUUAAUUUAAAAUUUUAGAAUAUAAAGAUAAAUUUGAUGAGUUUCAAACAAUAAAUCAAUUAGGGAAAAUUUUAUCAUCGUUUUUGCUAAAUUGCACGUGCACCGUUACACUUAUUAUUAUAGCGUUAUACUUAUUAUCAUAGUUCAAUACUGCUUAUUACAUCACAGGUACUUAUAUCAGCUAAAGGAUAGAUUUUAAGCGCAAAAAGGUCAAAUUCAAUGCAAUCUGAUUCAAUAUCAAUCACUAUCAUCCAUCACAUCUGUAGAUAAUAAAAUUAUAUUUUGCAAAAUUUUCCGCAGACCUUCAUAUCAGGAGCAAAUAUUUCUGAUGCAAAUUUUCAUAAAAUGCAAGAAAUUCAGGAUUAUGUGGCCAUUAAAUUAUUCUAUUUUUUCAACAUAUCUGUUCGGAAUGUACGAUUGAUAUCACACUGUUCAUAUAGAUCCGUAUCGAAUGUCCAAUUGAUAUAAUUCUAUUUAAUACAAUAAAUUUCCAUAUCCCGCCAUGAGAUUUGGAGAGGUCUCUGCACUGGUCUUUCACUAGCUGCCAUCGGUAUUUCCUUAUGAAUGUACUUGUGGCAAGCUUACUUUCGUUUUACGUACGCCUGAACAAGGAUACGGCAUGGGGUCAUGGGUUGAAACCGGUCUCUGUGGUCGAUACCGUAAAUAAACACUACUUAUCCCGAUAAACUUCACGACACGGUCUCUCUGUUUAAACAUUUACGGCUCUGGUCACGAGUUUGAGAUGGCUGCUGUCGAAGGAAGAAUGCUUAAAAAUGCCUGGAGGGCCCCUGAAGACGUUUUUGGUUCAGGUGAGAAAUCUUUGAAAUCUCAAAUUCAGACUCAAACGAUGCCUUACGAUUUCUCCAUUGACAUAUGGAAUCAAGCUUGUGCCAUCGUAGAUGAUGUUUUAGACAUCAUUCUGACCGAGCUUCAGACACAAACGCAAAGGUCAUUUGAAGGUUUGACCAUCGAUAAAAGAUUCAUACGACAGGCAAGCGCAAGACAGGGAUUAAAAAUUGAAUUUCCGGAUGAAUUUGAUGCAAUUGUACCAUUCAAACUCUCUGACCGUCUUCAAAUACAGGAAGUACGACUUCAGGAUAGCAGCGGUCAAGUCGUCCCCGGACAGAUGCGCCUCCGCAUUCUCAAUAAUGCUGACUUGAAUAUCCUUGUUCCCAGGUUGAAUAGGUUAGGGGUAUUUGAGAUGGACCAGGGAACGUGCUUCAUUAAUACUAGAGUUCUACAAGAGCAAGUCUUCAAGUCUCUAAUGGACAAAACGUUGUCCAUAACCCGUGACAUCUUAAUGAGAAAGGGAUACACUGUCACGCGAGGAUCGAGACCCCCCACCAUGAAUAUCAACAUAUCCUCAACUCUGCCAUUUGCGAUAGACGUUGAUUUUGUUCCCAGUCUUGAUUUAGGACACGAAGCUGUAACAAUCCCCGAAUCCGUAACGACGCAUCCAGGAUCCAUAAAAUUCGACUUCCCAAGGUUCGGUCUCAUGAAAUGGGUCAACAAAGAUAAUCCGCAUAUCCGAGACGGCGACAAGCAUUUUAUCUGGCGAAAUUGCUCGUCAUCGUAUGAGAGAUAUAUGUUCGAUAUAUGCCUAGGAAAUAGAGAAAGACUUUACAUUGUCACGUCAUGUCGGGUUAUGAAAGCUGUUGUCAAAGCACUAAGAAAAAAACAGAACCACGCUGCCAAUUUGCUGACGUCAUACCAUCUGAAGACCGUCGCCAUGUACUGCAUCCUUCUGCUGACCGUUCCGUCGGUGGCGCCACCUGACCUCCACCUCGGUGGCGUUCGCGACGCCCUGGGCUACUUUCUGAAAUUUUUGAAAACCAUAUUCGAAAAGGAAACAUUGCCAGAAUUUUUCUUAGGAAACGAGUACUUGGAUAAGAUUUUCCCGAAAUCUUACUUCGCCAACGUACAUAGGAAAUACAACUUAUUUCACAAAGAAAACCUGCGUCAGGUCGAGUCAGCAAAGUAUUGUUUUGGCGAAAUGGAGAAAGCACUUGAUGGCUGCUAUACGUAUGGGAAUGUAAGAGAAUCUGUUAUCAGAUGUUUUGAAAAUCGAAUCUUGAAGAUGUAAAACACACCAGACUGUGGACACAUGGUGCAAUCUAGUCGUUGACUUUAAAUGGAAAAGAAGGGCAAUAAACUUGAAUAACUUUGAAUUAAGAUAUUCCUAAAUUGACAUUUGAACUUUUUGUUGAUUGAACACAGAAAUUAGAAUUAAUGUAUUAUAAUGUUAUGAAUUUAAAAAAAAUACCACAUCUUCAAUUUUUUAUAUUGAAUGUUUUUAUUUUUCUUGUCUCUCCAAUGUAUAAUGUGAGAGUCCCAUUAUUUUGGUAAAAUACAAAUAUUGUCAUGAUUUACCAUGCAAAUUAAUGCAUAAUAUAUUUUGGGAACCCAUUUCAUUAGUUGUAGUGUUUGCCUGGUUGCAUAUUUUAUUGUUUACAUAUUGUGUAAUCUUCAUGCAACAGAAAUUGUAUUUAAUCAUGUUUGUUCUUUAUCGUUUGUGCUAAAUAAAGGGGAUGGUCUUUUACGGUGGAUGUCAAAACAAUUUUAUUUUAUUUUUUAAAAGGAUAGGAGAUGUAAAGAUAUGUCUCGUUUAUUUUUCGAUUAAUUCACAAUAUUUGUUCAUGUUGCCUUCUCUUAUAUCAUGCGCUUUGUUUGUUGAUUGUUCGCACAGUAAUCGGGGAUGCUGCUUUGUAAUAUUUUUAAAAGGUUUUUCCUUUUUCUGCUAGAUUGUAUGAUUAUUUUAGUAAAUAUGUACAAUUCACUAACAACUUUACAGUAAUAAAUAAAACGUACUGAAAGUAUGGAAUAGCGCUAUG